GAACUCGUUGAGCAUUGCACCUGAGCAAUCGCAGCAUCCACAGCGCAGAAAUCCGCAGCCAUGGCUUCCCAGCUCUCCGCCAUGACCUCCGUGCCGCAGUUCCACGGCCUCAGGACCUACUCCUCGCCCAGGUCCAUGGCGACGCUGCCGUCCUUGAGGAGGAGGAGGUCCCAGGGCAUCCGCUGCGACUACAUCGGCUCCUCCACCAACCUCAUCAUGGUGACGACGACGACCCUGAUGCUCUUCGCCGGGCGGUUCGGGCUGGCGCCGUCGGCGAACAGGAAGGCGACGGCGGGGCUCAAGCUGGAGGCGCGCGAGUCCGGGCUGCAGACGGGCGACCCGGCCGGUUUCACGCUCGCCGACACGCUCGCAUGCGGCGCCGUUGGCCACAUCAUGGGCGUCGGCAUCGUGCUCGGCCUCAAGAACACCGGCGUCCUCGACCAGAUCAUCGGCUAGAAUAACCCUUCCUUUUCCCUCCAUAGCUGUUCUGCAUCCAUCGGGCGCUCCAUCUAGUGGAUCAACUAAUGCUCCCUUCGUAAUUUGAUCAUGUGAAUGUAUGUGUAUGCAUCUUUGUUUCAGCGGGACGUACCGCCGCGCCGGUGUGGCAACUGCUUCA